CCAUGACCAUGUCGCCAUCUUCCAGUGCACACUACUCGCCCCCUGUUGAUCUCAGACGUAUGACCUCCAAUUCGACGCUGCUCACCCCCCAAAAAGAUUCAACUAGGGAGCACAGACUCUCUACACAUACCUCUCAGCAUUUGAAUACGAGGUUGGGUUCUCGCUCACCCUCCUCAAUUCCCUCAUCACCCACAUCAGCCCACUCAUCAUCAUCCGCAAUCUUCGAGCGUGAUAUUGAGCCCAUGCACCCCCCGUCUCCCCCUUCUCACCCAAACCCCCAUCGCAUUCCACGCGCAAAAGCCACUGAACAACUCGAGCACAGUGUACCUUCUGUACUCGAUAGUGCUGCAUCAAUUCUUGCAGCCUCCUCUCCCAUGGAGGACGAUCACGUUUCCGUCCUUACUCCCGCACGAGAUCGUGAUCGCUUCACUUACAGCGGUUUCGCCAGCCCAAUCGGUAGCUUGAGGAGCAGGAGCCCAAGUCCAACAGGAAGGACGAGCUUAUUGCUGAGCAUUCCGUCUCAGCAGGGGCACAUGAGCCCCCUAAAUAUUCCCACACCCAGUGUGGGAGCAGGGAGUCCACAGAGGCUGAGUAUCCAAACCAGCCCGCUCAUUUUCCCCUCAAAGCAGGGUCCGAACACAUCAAGUUCGAGUACCAAGGCGUCUCUCAGCACGCCAGCGUCUGUAUAUUACUCUACGCUCUCAUCAGCCGAAUCCUCACCUACAACUACGACCGUCGAGCAUCCCUCCGCCGCACUCCCUCCUACCGCCAUCCAAACACUCGCUCCCUCAUCCACCUACACAUCUUCACCUUACUCGCGUCCCAUCACCAUCUCCCACCCGCCAUCGCCCACCCAUGGGCCCACUAAGCGCCUCUCGUUCAUGAGUUACGCUGACCUACUGGCAUCGACGCCCGCAUCGAUGGUUCCUCUAUCAUCAUUCACUAGCUGUGCGACUCCCGAUCCGCCACCCCACAUCCCAGGUGUCGAGGGGUACGCGAACAAUCAGCACGACGCCGCGAGUCUAAGCGGUCGUGAUCGGGAUAGCAUCGCCCUCCUGGACGACAUCGGUGGCGAAUGGCAGCGCGAGGGUCUCGGACGAGGCCUCGAAGAGAGAUUAGAGGCCUUGAUGACGGUUCACAGCAAAGCAUGAGUAUCAAGGCGCUAAAGUCAAAAAUGCGGCGUAUGCGCCUCUUCCGAGUCAGUUUGUCUUACCCCGCCUUUCUGACUUAGCGCGCGCUACGAACAUGCACUGAAACUAAUGAUAUUUUACGAUUUCACGCUGUAUUAAUGUGUCCUUCGUUCUAUGCAUAUCUUUCGAUAUUCCUACUAUUACCGUCCUCUGAUGCCGGCUACCUACCCCUACCUCCUCCAGGUCGAAUAACUAUCUAUGUUUGAUCGCCUUAUUUCGUUACUUAUGAUAUGAUCGAUUGUUCUUCGCAUUUAGAUGCUAUGAUGAAGAGAUACUUUAGUUUCUUGUGCAGGCUCAGAUAGUACUUUUUUUCCCUUCACACUCGAAAAUUGUAAGGGGAUUGGUUAUGAGUCAAUAUAUUAACUUGGCUUAGAAUU